UCUCGUGUCUCGGCACCGCCAGGCCGAGUCCACGUAAAACGCAAUCGUGCAAAAGUCUUCUCGAAAAUAUUCAUCAUUCCCCAGUGAAUUAUCAAUUCAUUGACAGAAGUGAGGGACGACAGCACUAACCAUGGAUGCAGAGGCAUUCCUGGACAUGGCCAAUCAGGUCAUUAAAUUGAAAAUGUUUCCUUAUUUCGAUGUUGCACACGAUGUACUCUGUGCACUGCAAGUUAGAGAGGAUUUGGGACCCGGCGCCCAAGCAUUCUCGCGGAAACAUCCGCUGUCAUGCUGGCUCUCAACGAUGCUCGUGGUAUUCGCUGGAGGAAUGUUAUGUAAUGGAUUACUUGGAGAACCUAUACUUGCACCCUUAAAAAAUACCCAACAAGUACUAUUAGCAACUGCAGUCUGGUAUUUUAUUUUCUACAUGCCAUGGGACAUCGGAUACAAAGUAGCAAAAUUUCUCCCAGUUAAGAUUGUGUGUUCUGCUAUGAAAGAAAUCUAUAGGUGUAAGAAAGUUUAUGAUGGUGUCACACACGCAGCCAAACUCUACCCCAACGCAUACCUCAUUAUGAUAUUAAUUGGAACACUCAAAGGGAAUGGGGCUGGCUUCACGAAACUAUUUGAACGUCUGAUUCGAGGAGUCUGGACUCCAACAGCGAUGGAGUUCAUGCAACCCAGUGUAUACACCAAAGCGUCUCUCGUAGCUUCCAUCAUCUUCGUAUUGGAUAAAAAGACUGACUUCAUUUCAGCACCUCACGCACUCGUGUACUUCGGAAUUGUUAUAUUCUUUGUGUACUUCAAGUUAUCAUCAAUCCUACUCAAUAUUCACGAUCCCUUCGUGCCAUUUGAGAACUUGUUCUGUAAUUUAUUCCUGGGUGGAUUAUUCGACUGGAUGGCGAAAUUCUCAGGUCGUGGACAAGCUAAGGACGAGAAAGCUGAUGCCAAAAAAACUAAUUAAGCUCACAACAAUCAUCUCUGGGAUAGGAUUCUAGUCAAAAUCCAAGUAUUUCCUCAACAGCUGUGGUAUCCAGCAGAAAUUACCACUAAAACCGAAUUUCAAACGAAAAAACAAACGAAGUUGACAGUAUUGUGCCAAUGAAACCACCGAAACGUCAAGUGACAGCAGUCAAGUAACAUUUUAAUCUCCUAAGAAAUGAAAAAACGUUCUUGCCAGUAUACGAAAUAUCCUAGUGCACUUAAGACACCUUCAUGGGCAUGAGAAUCACGAAACCUUCGAAAUUUACGUGAAAAUCAGAAGGGAAAUCAAAUAUUUUUAUAUACACUCGUGCGAUUAAAUUUUUGGCAAUUUUUAUAUCUCAAUCGAGAGAAUUCGCUUGAAUUUCAAACUCAAAAUCGUGUAAAUAAUGCUAAUGAUGAAUCAGUACGUCCUUCCAAUCAUGAAAUAUCCAUUUUUUCAUCGAUGAUAUAGAUUGUAGAUUUUUUGAAGUGGACGAGACAUUUUAAAUCAAAAUUUUUGACAUUUUCGAGUUGUAUUUGUACUAGAGUGUUGAGUACUGCGAGAAUUCAAGGGUUUUAUCGUGGAUAUGUGCAAUUUUUAUGUCUUAUAAGAGCCAAAUACAAUUUUAAAUCAUCUGUACGAAUAAAUAAAUUAUGUUAAAUUAUGAAACUGAA